GCCAUCUCAGCGGCACUACAAUACUAUUAACUUUCUGUGAUGUACUGAAGACCCUUCAACGCAUACUCCAUAUUUUUCAAAUAUAUUGUUUUACCAAUGCACUAAUCGACAUCGUCCUUAAUACAGAGAUUUUUCGCAAAGAUAGUACUUUCACUUGAAGCAUGUAACAAAUGCUUAUUUUUCACUAUCUAUAGUUUCGUUAAUGAUGUUUUGAAAUUAAUAUGCAGAUAUGAAUUAUGAGUAGGCGUUAUCGUACUACCGGCGACCACCGAUUAAUAUGAAUUUAAUGUGCCUGGAAGACGAUCAGUUUCCGAACUGGCCGGCGGCCCAGCUGUGCUGCGCCUUUCGGGCUACCUGUGACCCGGCCGUGGCUGAGGACAGCAGGGCGCUGAAUAACCUGCUGGCCCUGGAGAAGCGGCACUGGGCCGCCGGCACCGGUUCCUACUUCGGCCGCGUCCAGACUGACGUUCAGCCGCACAUGCGAAGGACGCUGACGGCGUGGAUGUUCCAGGUUUGUGAGGAGCAGAAGUGCGAAGAUGAGGUGUUUCCCUUGUCAGUCAAUUUCCUGGAUCGGUACUUGGCUGGUUUUCCACUAAAGAAGACUCACCUGCAGCUCCUGGGCACAGUUUGUUUGUUUCUGGCUUCCAAGCUUCGUGAGACCGUCCCGCUGACUGCUACCAAGCUGUGCAUCUACACCGACUGCAGCAUCAAGGUGUCGGAGAUUCUGAAAUGGGAGCUCAUAGUCGUAUCCCGGCUGAACUGGGACCUUGCCUCUGUGCUGCCCUCUGACUUCCUGGAGCAGAUUCUACACCAAUUAUCGGCCGUUCCUCUCAACAGCAGCAUUCUACAUAAACACAUCCAUUCCUACAUCGCUCUGACAACUAUUGAGUACACAUUUUCCAAAUACCUGCCAUCCACAAUUGCGGGUGCCAGCGUAAUGGCUGCUUUUCACCGGGUAAAGUUUCUAGAAGAAUCUUUCACUUGGGAUUGGCUUAUAGGACGGCUCAACAGUGUCUUGUGCAGUGAUCUGAGCUCCCUCUACUCCUGCUUCUUGAAGUUGGAGAACAUGUUGGCCUUCUGCUUGCCUCCAUCCAUGACACUCUCAAGCACCUCCAUGUCUUACUUGGCGUCCACGGGCAGCACCUCCCUCGCCGCUUGUGUGCGAGACGUCCAGCUGCCAUCAGCUGCCUCGGACCCUGGUGGAGAUGAGGCCGUGUGCUUUUCGGGACCUGAGAAUCCCAGAGAGCCGCACUGUUACCAUUAAGGAAAACCCGAAAUGAAAUAUGAAGAAAAAUGUUACUCAAAAAUCCACUGACCUUUGGGUUUUAUUUUACUGAGGGAUUUUUAAAAGAAAUCAGUUGUUCUAUUCUCUUACAUUGAUAUGUGUUAUGGCUUAAUUGUAACUGUUCAGAAGUAGUUUCCAUAGGAGCAGUUGGUCAGCUAACGGUGUAUAACUUAUAGUUGGCCAAGUUUAAUUGAAUUUCAACUAUGAAUGAAUGAAUGGCUGUACAAUUAAAUAAAAAUACAGUUAUGGAAAAUGA